AUGAUUUUAACUGUAUCUAAUUAUACUUCUAAUAAGGUUAAUAUUGAUGGAUUCUCUUUGGGAGUUGUUAUUUCAAGAAAAGCAAUAUUGGGAGGAAAAUGUGUUGAUACAGGCGAAAAUCUUGGCCCACCAUUAACUCAUUUAGUGCAUACAUUUGUUGGAGUUGCAGGACCGAAUUGGGGAUCAUUUCUGUGCAUUUUACCCAUCGGAGCAUGUAAUUUAUUGAAUGGAAUUAAUUGCUUGUCGACAUACUUAAAGGACAUUAAUUCAAAAUAUGAGGGCAGCUUUAUCUUCACAAUAUUUUCAACGGGCGAUGAUAUUGUUGGAUAUGAAGUCUGUGGAAAAGUAUCAAGUAGUAUUGAAGGCGCAGAUGAUAAUUUUGAGGUAAAAUAA